CAUACUAUAAUACACAGCCCCCACCACACACACGGGGAAAAUUGCCACAUGCUCUCGCAAGCAUGAUGACGAGAAUAUCUGCUCGUGCAACACACCAUCAUCUUCCACGCGAGGAAAGGGUUCAAAGUCACAUAUCUGACAUCAGGAUCAGGCACGCCAUGCAGUACCACCCGAAGCCCAUGCAGACGAGCCAUCGACUUACAGUAUGGCUGCAUUCAGUGUCCACCACGCCCGGGAAGAGCCUGGGACACACAUACUCCCCUUCGGGCUCCGCGCACGCGUCCCCCAGGCUGUUCCAUGCCCCGUCAUCCCCUACCUAAAUGUUCAUAAACAAAAGAAAAAAGGGGAAGACCAACAAAAAAGCAAACACAAAAAAAAACAAGAAAAGAGUGAGAGCGAGAGAAAGGCUCGCUUGAAUACCACAGGAGAAAGGCGCCGAGCAGUCGAUCGGACAAUGCUCCUGAUCGAAUCAUCACUACAUCUAUACUACGUUAUCGGCCUUGGUUCUCAGUAUGAUUUGCGCGGCAUUUGGUAAUACUGCCUGGCUGAGGGGAGACUGUGCCGUCGGGUCACCCUGUCCCGCAAGGGGGGGAAGGAUCCAGGUGAUCAGUUUUGGGGGACUUUGUUUGCAAAGGCACCAGUGGGUGGAUGCGCCAAAGUAACGGCCCUUGGCUCCAUGGACCCGUAACGCAAUAUACGAUUUGUGUCAG